AUGGAUAUCUAUCGCCUCAAUAUUUCUCACUAUUUCCUCCUUCUGUUCUGCUUAUUUGGUAAUAUCGGACUUGCAAGCACUAAUGUGAAGUCAAUAUGCAUCGAGGAAGAAAGGCAAGCACUUGUGAGCUUUAAACAAGAUCUGAAGGAUCCGUCUGGUAGGCUUUCUUCUUGGGUAGGUCAUGACUGCUGCCAGUGGGAAGGGAUUUCAUGCAACAACCGCACCGGUCAUGUUGCCAAGAUGGAUCUCCGCAGUUCGUAUCCAUAUCCCCGACAGCCGGAUGAGGAGUGGGGCUCUUCUUUGGGGGGUAAGAUAAAUCCUUCUUUGCUUAGCUUGAAACACUUAUAUUACCUGGAUUUAAGUUUGAAUAAUUUUCAAGGGAUCCCCAUUCCUAAGUUCUUUGGGGAACUUAAAAGUCUUAGGUAUCUUAAUAUCUCAUUUGCAUGGUUUGGGGGAGAGAUUCCCCCUUCUCUUGGUAACUUGUCAAACUUGAACUAUCUUGACCUCUCUUCCUCUUAUUAUGUUUCCAAAAACUUGAAUUGGCUCUCUCAUCUCUCUUCCCUAAAAUACCUCAAUCUCAAUAGAGUGAAUCUUAGCAGCACUACAGGAGUUACAAAUUGGAUGCACCAUUUUAACAUGCUUCCUUCCUUACUGGAGUUACACUUAUCUGGUUGCGGGAUAGAAAGUCUUCCACUCUCACUAGGGAGGAUUAACUUCACCUCACUUUCGGUCCUUGAUAUGUCACAAAAUGAUUUCAACACUUCCUCAUUUCCCAGCUGGCUUUUCAAUCUUACUAGCCUCAGAAAACUUGAUCUACAAUGGAAUUCCUUCAAUAGUCCUCUUCCAACAGAACUUGCAAGCCUCAAAUUUCUAGAAUACCUAGAUUUGUCUAAUUCAGGCGUCAAAGGUCAAAUUGCCAGAGUCAGUGGAAACUUGUGCAAGCUAAAGGUGUUACGUCUUGGGGGGAACGAUUUUCAUGGUGAGGGAAUGGAAGAGUUUUGGAGGGCUUUGUCAAAUUGUCCAAAUAAUACAAUAUUGGAGUUAGAUUUGUCUGGUUGUGGACUGGAAAGCGAAUUGGCGGCCGAGUUAGGAAUGUUAACAAAUUUGCAAUUUCUUUACCUCAGCAGCAACAAGUUGUGGGGAUCAAUUCCAGAAUCUAUUGGAAGCUUAUUGUCCUUGAAAUACUUGGACCUCUCUGAUAAUCAUAUGAACGGGUCUAUUCCAGAAGGUCUGGGAAAACUCUCUGAGCUAGAAGUACUAGAUCUAGGUGAGAAUUCAUGGGAAGGCGUUCUAACGGAAGCCCAUUUCAUAAAUCUCACAAGAUUAAAAGCUAUUUCCAUAUUCAACUAUGAUCCCAUUUCCCUCAUUUUCAACAUCACUUAUGAUUGGGUUCCUCCUUUUAAGCUCCGUUCGAUUGACAUUAGACAUUGCAAAGUUGGACCUGCUUUUGGGGUAUGGCUUCAAUCUCAGACUGAACUACAAAUUAUCACCCUGAGUAGCACUGAAAUAUCAGAUUCUAUACCAGAGGAAUGGUUGUUGAAGCUAUCUUCCCAACUCACAUACCUGAAUUUAUCUCACAACCAAUUCCGAGGAAGGCUUCCAUCAAUUGAAUUGAGAUUUCCGUAUUUGCAUUCUAUAAGUUUGGAUCAUAAUAAAUUUGAGGGACCACUCCCACUUUGGUCCACUAAUGCCACCAUCCUUGAUCUCGAAAAUAAUUUAUUUUCAGGGCCAAUUCCCUCGAAUUUGGACAAGCUGAUGCCCCAAUUGCAAGAACUAUAUCUUUCAGAGAAUCAUUUAAAUGGUACUAUUCCACCUUGUAUUUGCAACAUGCAUGACUUUGCAGUUCUUUCCGUCAGGAGCAAUCAUUUUUCUGGAGAAUUCCUAAAUGCAUGCAGUCCGAAGAGCGUCAUAAGCAUUGUAGAUGUUGCCUACAACAAUCUUUCUGGUAAUAUGCCCAGUUCAUUAGGGGAGUUAAGUAAUCUUCAAAUAUUAAUGUUGAACAACAACAAUUUUGGCGGUAAGAUUCCCAAUUCAUUGCAAAAUUGCCCUAUUUUGAAGAGUAUCGAUCUUGGAGGCAACAAGUUAUCUGGGAACAUACCUUCUUGGAUAGGAGGAUCAAAUGGAUCCAUGUUGUACAUGCUACAAUUGCGAAACAACUUUUUCAGUGGACAUAUUCCUCGACAAUUAUGCAAUCUUGGCUACCUUCGCAUCCUCGACCUUAGCCACAACAACUUUUCAGGAACUAUUCCCAAUUGUUUGAAUAAUUUGACUUCUCUUCUGCUUAAUGUUUCCGUUACUCCCCCUCGUUUCUAUACUCAACAAGCCACGUUGACAUUAAAAGGACAACAACUUGUAUAUAACACGACUCUACUGCUGGUAAAGAGCAUUGAUCUUUCAUCAAAUAAUUUACAAGGUGAAAUUCCUCAAGAGAUAAGUAGCCUCAUUCUAUUGGGUACUCUGAACUUGUCGAUGAAUCAAUUCACUGGUAAGAUCCCCACCAAGAUUGGAAAUAUGUAUUGGCUUGAAACUCUUGAUUUCUCACACAACCAUCUUUCAGGACAGAUUCCUCAAACCCUUUCAUCUUUAACAUUUUUGUCCCACUUGAAUUUGUCUUAUAACAACUUGGUGGGACGAAUUCCUUGGGGCAACCAACUUCAAACGCUCACAGAUUCAUCCAUUUAUGUCGGCAAUCCGUCACUCUGUGGGUUUCCUCUUUCAACUAAGUGCCCUGGAGAUAACACUUUUACUACUACAGAUGCAAAACACAUCAAUGAUGAUGGAAAUGAUGAGUUGUGGUUCUAUGUGAGCAUGGUACUUGGCUUUCUCGUAGGCUUUUGGAGUGUUUGCGGCACAUUAAUUGUGAAGAAAUCAUGGAGGUAUGCUUAUUUUCGAUUAUUUGAUGACAUCAAAAAUAAGGUAACAGUAGCAAUUGUGGCUCUUUAA